AUGGACCCGUAUCCCGCGAGUGGCUUGGAUAGCUCGAUAGAUAUGGAUGAUGAGACAAUAUCUGCGCUGGUCUGGUACACCCACCGGCUUGAACACGGUCAGUUUGGAGACAUCACAUUGUACUUCCCAAUAGUAGAUCCGAACGAGGACGAGAUCGAAGCGUGGCCUCCAGAGGAAAUAAUGGUAUACGAUCCGGAGACCGGCAAGUUUUCCGAAUUAUCGAGGACUACUCCCGAGAUAGUCAUCACCCAUGGAUUCGAUGAGACUCUACGGAGUGGACGUUCCGAUUCAUCUCUUGAUAAUCGAAGGUUGAACAGGACUCCAAGUAAGAUUCGCCCUCUUGGGCAAUCCGGUAGUUCAACUACAGGGGCAUCAGGAGCAAGUCGUAUCUCAGUCUGGAAUAACUUUUCGAAGCCGCUCACACGUCUAACAUUCUACGCCAAUGCCCUAAGAGCCCUGCGAGACUCGAAUAGUCAGAAAGUGAACCCUGAAAAUAUGAUAAUCUUGUGGAACCAGAUGUCAAGAGAUGUGGAGGUGGCUGAAAUGGCUCGAAAGCUCAACAAGCCGGAAGAAUGGAACUCAACAGUAAGGAAUUUGAGAAGUAUCGUAUGUUUGAUCACCUUACAUCGAAAGUUUCCGUGGGGGUUAUCUGUAACGGACGGGGUUGGGGAAGUGGAGGAAGAGGAGUCAGCAAGGACAGGAGAGAAGGAAAUGGAUGAGAGGAGAUCAGGGAUCUCAGCGUUAUGA